AUGAGCCAGUCGCUGCCAGGACUCGCAGCGCUGGAGUUGCUACCACAGCCACAUCUUCAAGUUGUUUGUGGAACCGAAGUUCAUGGCCUCAACGUGGAUGGCCGCGAUUGCAGGCUGGAGGCCAGCCUGGGCGGUCAGUCAUUCCUUUCUGGGCCACCACGCUGGACCUUCCAGCUCACGCCGACGCUCGCCGCCCUACUGCGCCAUGAGCCGCAGUGGCGCCUCUCUCUCCGGGCAGAGAGUCUGGCAGGUCCUCAGUCGGGCAUCUCCAUUCAUGUGGUGAAAGAGGACGACCUCACAGGUCUCGUGAUGACCACGACCUCCAUUGCAGUAGCCGCCAUCUUGGAGGCCUCUCCUGUCGCGGGUCCCUGGUACUUUGGCCGGCGCUCGCAGCUGCCCUGUGCAGAGAUGGUGUGUGAAAGCCGCGGGAUCCGUGGCCGAGGGCUGGUGGAAGCGGCAGCGACUGGCAAGUCUGCGACCUGCUCUUUCGGCCUUUUCUGCGACGGCUGGUGGGAGGCUGUUUUGCAGGAUCCGCGGCCGAACUCUGAUGAGGCUCUCUUCCUGGAGGAUGUGAUCGUAGCCGUGCGCGUGCCGGCGAACGAGGCCGGAGCAAGAGUUUGCGUCCGCGCCUUCUGCAGCUUGGCGCGGGGCGCCGAUGCCGAGCCUCACGCGCUGUCCCCUCCUCCCCUCCUCGAUCGAGCUCUCGAGCCCGGACUCCAUCUCUUGCGAGCGCCUGUUGGACGACGUAGCCGCUACCUCCGCGUCUCCAUGUCGGGUACAGUGCUCCUUCUUGGCGUGGAGGCCUUUUGCGCCGAGCUGCUGCCGCCAAGUGGAACAUUACGUCAGUGCUUGGCACGCAUUGUCGGCGCCUUCGCUCCCGAACCUGCUGUGGCUGUCAGAUCCGGAGAGGGUUUCGAGAAGUCGUCCUAUGCCGUGCUCUGGAAUGAUGUGAUGAGCUUCUCCUCAGCGAUGCGCUCCCACUAUGAUCUGGAUGCCAAGGUGGGGCGGGAUGAGGAUGUCGUGAUUGCUUGGAUCGGGGGCACCUGCCUGGAAGCAUUCCUGUGCUUUCUGGCCUGCAUGGCGAAUCAGUGGUGCUUCGUGGCGCUGGGCAGCUCCCAGCUUUCUGCCCUGCGCGUGGCCCUACCAACUCUGACAGUUGGGGAGCGGCCUCCGGACCUGGACGAGGUCCCCCACCUGCCUGCCGCAGCAGUGGGAGAUCUGGUCCGGCAGCGCCUUCACCUCCCAGAAGCACCGGAAGCAUCACUGAGGAGGUCGGCUAGCAUGAUCUUCACUUCUGGCUCCACCGGAACGCCGAAAGCCAUACGGCGCGACCAUGAGGAGCUCUAUUCCUUCCUGUGGCUCUAUGCAAAAGCGGCAACCCCCGACAGUCCCUGCCACCUGGCUUAUCAGCCGUACUCACACAUGAAUGAGCAGCUGGGCACCGCAGCGGCCUUUUUGCAAGGCUCGUGCGUGGCGUUUUCUAGUGCGCAGACCGCCUAUGCCGACGCAAAGAUCGUCGAGCCAACGGGCAUUCAAGGGGUGCCGCGGUUCUUCGAGCCUCUCCUCUGCGCAUAUGAGAGCCGGGAGGCCCCGCUUGAGGAGCUGCGCAAAAGCUUCGGAGGCCGCUUGCACAGCGUUUCGACCGGGAGCGCUCCGGUGACGAAGAGGCUGUUCGACUUUCUACAGCUGUGCUUUGAGUCUGACCGCUGCAGUGUCACCAACAGCUACGGAGCUACGGAAGUCGGUCCCAUCGCUCACAAUGGUCGUGUGAACCCCAAUGUGGAGGUGAAAGUCGUUCCGCUGGCCUCGCUUGGACACGACCCUGGAGGCUGCACGGGUGAGAUCCGCGUGCGCUGCAAGAACGCUCGAGUUCAAGCUCGAGGAUAUGUUGGGGCAACACUUGCCCUGGAUGAGGAGGGUUUCUACUGCACUGGCGAUGUGGGCCGCUACAAGGACGACUUUCUCGAGCUGCUAGGCCGCGUCGGCAACGUGACCAAAAUGGCAAACGGCUUGUUUCUCUCCGCUGAGGGGCUCGAGGAGAAGUAUGCAAGCUUCCUCCCGGACCUUGAUCAGAUCUUCGUGAUCGCACUCCCGGAGGAGAGUACGGUGGCUGCAGCAUGCGUCCUGCACGGCUGGAGUUCACUGGAUGAGCCGAAGCUUCUGACCAAGCUGCAGCAUGUUGCUGCGGAGCAAAAGCUGGGCAAGCACGAGGUAGUAUCCCGGGUCAUCCUUGAAACUCAGCCGUGGACGUUCCAAAACGGCGGCUUGCUGGAGAACCAGAAGAUCAAUCGACCAGCUUUGCUUGCUCGUUAUAAGGUGCAGCUGGCCUCUGAGACCGCCGAGAGGCCAAAGGAUUCCAUGGAGAUGGCGCCCUGGCCGAGGCGAGACGCCGAGGAGUAUCGCUGCCACCAGCGGAGCUCGCGCAAGAGCUGGUCGAGGCCGACCUGGCUGCUGCGCCCGCAGUCGCACCUGCGCCGCCGGUGA